AUGACAGCACAAACUGUGAAACUCUGGAAUGGAGCUGAAAUUCCAUUGGUGGGGCUUGGUACUUGGGGCGGAUGGGAGGCAAAACCAGGUGAAAUAUUAAAAGCAGUGGAGACGGCGAUCGAUGUAGGAUACCGUCAUAUUGAUACAGCAUAUGUGUAUGGAGUGGAACAUGAGGUCGGCGAUGCCAUAAACUCUAAACUCAAGGACGGUGCAGUAAAACGAGAAGAGCUGUUUGUGGUCAGCAAGCUUUGGCAGAAGUUUAUGGCUCCCAAAGACGUUAAACCCAUGUUACUAUCAACACUUAAAGAUCUGAAACUUGAAUACUUAGAUCUGUAUCUCAUUCACAAACCAGUUCCCUACAUGAAUCAAGGUGAUAUUAUUCCAAAGAAUGAAAAUGGAGAUGUUCUUUUCAAUCAUGAUGUUCAGCAUACUGACACGUGGAAGGAAAUGGAGAAGCUGGUCGACGAAGGUCUGGUCAAGUCCAUCGGUGUGUCUAAUUUCAACCACUAUCAAGUACAAAACAUUUUGGACCAUUGCAGAGUUAAACCAGCUGUCAUUCAAGUAAGCAUUUUUUAG